GCUUCCCUCCGUGGCUUCUCCGAGGCGAAAAGUUUAAAAAAGGGUAAAAGUUUUCAGGAAUAAUUCUGGAGCUCUGUUGCUAAGCGUCGCGAGUGUCCGUUUUCUCUCUGCAGCCGACGUCGACGCUGCGGCUCCGGAGCGGCGAGGAGGAUGCGGCCCUUGGACGUGGUGGAGCUGGCGGAGCCGGAGGAAGUGGAGGUGCUGGAGCCCGAGGAGGAUUUCGAGCAGUUCCUGCUGCCCGUCAUCAACGAGAUGCGGGAGGACAUCGCGGCGCUGACGCGGGAGCACGGGCGCGCGUACCUGCGCAACCGCAGCAAGCUGUGGGAGAUGGACAAUAUGCUCAUCCAGAUCAAGACGCAGGUGGAGGCCUCGGAGGAGAGCGCGCUCAACCACCUGCAGGGCCCGGCCGACGGCGCCGAGCCCCGGGCCGCGCGGCGCUGCGAGAAGGCCGAGGAGAAGGCCAAGGAGAUCGCGAAGAUGGCAGAGAUGCUGGUGGCGCUGGUGCGGCGGAUAGAGAAGAGCGAGUCGUCCUGAGCCGGGGGCGGAGGUUCCCCGCCGAUGGACUCCAUUCCGCCGGACCGGCUGCCUGGAGAGGCUGGAGCCAGGAGUCUGUCUUCUCUCGCCUGUUUUUCUGUCUGCGUUUUCAUCAUGGUAAACAUGGCAUCUCCAGACCCUUCUGGUAGAUGAGUCCAGUAUUAUGCUGUCAUAUGUGGGUUAUGAUUGUCUAGUGCACUCUGUUUGGAAAAGAUAGCUUCGGUAUCUUUUUUUUUAGUAAACGCUCUUACGUAAAAAUACAGGACCUAGAUUGUAAGCUGCUGUGUGGUCAUGUGAGUGUUGUAUUUUUAAAGUUUGCAAGUAUACUCUUGUGCUUUGCUAUUUUUUAUGCAUCCUGGACUUUGGGGACCUGUGAGAGAGACUUGAGGUCAGAGCUCUGCAAGAGAGAAGACACACCUUGGCCGCAGCUGCUGAAGCAAGAACCCAAAUCCCGGUGGAGGGUGUGGAUGCCUCUUCUUUGGAUGAGAUUGAGCCAGCCCAGAGGACAGUUGAGUGUGGAGAGUGGUGGUGUGUGAAUUUUGGGACUAUGCAGUCCAUCAGAUCAAAGGAGGGCUCUGUUCUGUUUUUUGGCGUUUUUUUUUUCUCUUUUUUUCAGAAAUGUAAUUUUUUUCUGUAGCACGUUAAUUGGUGCACAUCAUGUAACCUGUCUGGUGAGUAACCUAGGGUAGGGGAUGAGUUCUAGCUACUACAUGUAUUUGCUGAGUUUUUGAAAAAAUACAGUCAUGCAUUUUACAGGCUUCCCAGCUGCAAUGCCUAUGACCUCUGGGGGUGGGGGUUGGGAGGGAGAGCAUGGAGCCUGUGACCGCAGUGGGCCCCAGACUGAUAGCAGGAGGCGUCUUCCAGGCUGAGGUGACAUCCAGCCUAGAUCAUCAGAGCAGACUUCACAGGGGUUGAAGUCAGAGCUCAAGCUUGUUAUGAUGAACUUUAUUUGCCUGGAAAAACCAAUGCUAAAAGCAAGAUUUUACAAUACUUGUACAAAUGACCAAAGCCAUUGACUUGGCCAGGAAAAGGUGAGAUAAAUAAAUUUCUUUCAAAAUGAAAA